AUAUAUAUAUAUAUAUAUACAAUAUAUAUAUAAAAUUUAACAAGAAGAUAAUCAUCACACAACUGGGCAAUCAUGUGGAAAGACAGCGGUCCUACUAUGGACAAUUCUUCAUAUUUGCCGAAUCAUCUCCCGCCACCGUCCUUGGUCGUGUUUUCACAGGCCGGGGGACUCCCCGAUGGCUUGCGAAUGCAGAGACCCUUCAAUCCACAAGUAACCGACUCGAAAGAACUGCAAGUGCCAUUCAGCACAGCAGCAUCACUGGGCUACGGACUUCAUCACAUGCUGCAUUUGCCGCAUCAAUUUCUUCAUCCGUUGGAUCCACGUUUACCAUUUGGUGCAUUUCGUCCACUAGGACCAUCGGCAUUUGCGCCACCGAGCAAGUGCCUAAAAGUCGAAACCGGAGGUUCAAGUGUAUCAUCUGGUCUCGCAAGUAUCGGUUCGCUGUCAAAUAUGUCAAAUAUGUUUUCGCCAUCACUACCGUCGUCCGGAGUUGCCGGCGGUCUACCUGGUGGACCGAGUAAUCAAGAAGUUGCACCACAAAGUCCUGCUGGUUCAGCAAGUCGUUCACCUCUUGGAACAGGACCCGGUUCAACUAAUGCCUCUAAUCGUGGACAGAGUCCUGAUGAUGAUGACCGUGACACAAAUGCAACACCUGGUUCUGAGAACACCGAGCGAUCUACGCCCGAGGAAGGACGGCCCUACAGACUGGGGCCAGUAUUCGGGGGUCGAUGCGGCGCAGAGGCGCUUGGUUUGGGUCUAGGACUGUCACUGGGCCCAGCCUACAGGUUCGCUCUGCCCCCGGGACUCGCUGCCAAGACCACCCGUUGUCUUUUACAAGACCAAGGUAAGAAAAAAUUUUCGUCAGAUCCGUCGUGUUGUCCGGUUUGCGGUGUUACCGUAAGACCACAAGAACUCGAGCAGCAUUUCGCGCAGGAAUUAGAUCGGCUUUACAAGGUAUCUGUUAAUAAUUCACGACCAAGACAGAGGUUAUCGUUACCCCCGGGACAUCAAGAUCAUCAGCAUGGACUGAUGCUUCACGCACCUUCGACUGCUGAUGGAACGAUACAGGGAAGAUGGGAGACUUACAAAAGGAUUCGCGCUAAUCGCCAAGCGAGAAUCCGGGUUAAAAAUCGUAAAAGAAAAGCAGAUGAGCCAGCGUGUCCUGUAUGCAGUGAACGUCUCUCGGGUACUCCAGAAGAACUUAAUCAGCAUGUAGAGCGAUGUCUAGCUAAACAUAAUGGUGGUAAUCCUGGAUCACAUGUAAAUUUAGAUGACGAAGAAGUGGACGUUGAAGGUGAUGCCGAAACAUUUGAAGAGUACGAAUGGGCUGGACAGAGAAGGAUUCGAGCCAGUUCGAUGCUAGUGGGAGGAUUUUCUGCCGCCGGAUUAGCCACGUCAACGAGUAAUCGUUCGAGUAAUCAAGAAGAGGAGGAAGAUUUGGUUGUGGAUGGGGAUGACGCAGCGCAGUUCGGACCCGCUCAGUACUCGGAAGCUGAUGUGAUAGCGCCCCGGGGUGAAGGCUCAUUAAGAGAACAAAAAGAGCGCGAUGCAUUACGUGAAGCUGUUAUAUCACCAAAUGCACCGCUUACACCCCACACACCCCCGGAUCAACCACACGGUGCCCAAGUUGAUGUUAAAUCAGAACCUGGUACUACUAAUAUUAAUAAUUCAAUGUCCGUAUCACCUUCUUCUACACCACGACAACGCAGUGACAGUGAUGAUGCUGGUUCUGCCUCAUCUCCAAAACGCGAAGGCACCGACGCCCCUAUUGUUGAUGCUCUGCGCAAUAGAAUUCGCGAGCUAGAAAAUGAAAUGCGGGGUCAACCUUUCAAGUGUUUAAUUUGUAUGGAACAAUAUAAAAAACCAGUAACUUCAGUGUGUUGUUGGCACGUCCAUUGCGAGCAAUGUUGGUUACAUACACUAGGAGCUAAAAAAUUGUGUCCGCAGUGCAACAUGAUCACAUCACCGUCGGAUUUACGACGUAUUUAUAUGUGAAACAUAGUAACGACUAUAGUUUUGAAACCCGACAAAAUAGAUAAAGAUAAAAGACCUAGUCUUAAAAAUGAAUCCGGAUAAAUUAUUUAAUUCCAGCAAUUGAAAUUAUUUUAUGGACUCUAAAGAACAAAUAAAUAUAAUUGUACAUUUUGUAUAUUUAAAUUAAAUUAAUUGAUUCAAGUCCUGUUGUGUAUUUAGUAUUUAGUAAAUUAACUAUUAGUUUUUAAUGAAAAAGAUAUGAAAAUAUUAUAUUACUGAUUAUUAAUAAUAAUAAUGAUAAUAAUAAUUAUUAUAAAUCUAAUAACAAUAAUAAUAAAUACAACAAUAAUAAUAAAUAGUAUUAUAAUUGCCCGCCCACAAUUAGUUAAUUUAAAUCAUAAUUAAAUAAAUAAAAUAUCUAAUUGCACUUUCAUA